CCGCGCCGUAGCGCGGCCCUCAGCCCGCGCGCCCGGGGCGGCGAAGAGGGAGGGCGGCCGAGGGGAGCCGGCGAGGCCCGCCGCCCUUCGCCGAGCCGGAGGACGACGCGGCCCGGCGGCGAUGUAGCGAGCUGCAGGAGGGGGGGGGGGGGAGUCCCGCCCGUCGCCAUCGCGGAGACGGUCGCCGCCUCAGCCGGAUUGUAGCUUCCCUCUCUAGACGAAUUCCUGUCGACAUUUGCGGGUCCAAGGAAAAAUGCCAGGUGUAAUACCAGGUGUAAUAUCGACCGAUAAUAAUGGACUUUCAAGAGGCAGUCCUUCGAAGAAAAAUAGACUUUCUCUGAAGUUUUUUCAAAAAAAGGAAACAAAAAGAGCACUGGAUUUCACAGAAUCUCAAGAGAAUGAACAAAAAGGCUCAGAAUACAGAGGAUCUGAAAUCGAUCAGGUUGUUCCGGCGGCCCAGCCUUCACCGGUCACCUGUGACAAGAGAGAGAACCUGCUCCCUUUCGUGGGUUUGAGCAAUCUGGGCAAUACCUGUUAUCUCAACAGCAUCCUGCAGGUGCUCUAUUUUUGUCCUGGAUUUAAACCUGGCGUGAAGCACUUAUUCAAUAUCAUUUCAAAAAAGAAAGAACUGCUCAAGGAUGAAGCCAAUCAAAAAGUCGACAAGGGAAGCUGUAAAGAGGAUUCUCCGGCAAGCUACGACCUCAUCUGCAACCUUCGAUCCUUGAUUAUUUCAGUGGAACAGCUCCAGGCCAGCUUUCUCUUAAAUCCCGAGAAAUACACGGACGAGCUUGCUACUCAGCCCCGGCGCCUGCUCAAUACGCUCAGGGAGCUGAACCCCAUGUACGAAGGCUACCUUCAGCACGACGCUCAGGAGGUCCUUCAGUGCAUCCUGGGAAACAUUCAGGAAACAUGCCAGAUCCUAAAGAAGGACGAGCUGAGAGGCCUCCCCGCGGCCCUCCCCGCCCCGCCGCGGGCCGAGGGAGAGGCCGGCCCCGACGACGACGGCGCCGCGCGCUCGCCCUCGGACGAAGCCCCAGACAGACUCCAGAAGGGGAACGGGAAGAGAAAAAGCGAGGGCAGCGAGGCCGGGAACGCCAAGAAGAAACCCAAAGUAUGUAAAGAGCAGGCGGCGGCGGAGGGAAGCCAGAGGCAGACGCGGUCCAAGAGGAAAGCGACGGGCGAGAAGCCGGACGGCCCGCCCCAGGGCCCCGGGCCGGGCCCCCCCGAAGCCGAAGGCGCGAAACCCACCCAGAAGAAAUCGCGGCUCAAGAUAAACUGGCUGAAGCCCGCCGCUAAACAUCCGGGCAUCCUGUCCAAGUUCUGCAACCUGGGCAAGCUCGCUGCCAACCCGGGAGCCAAGGGCCAGCCCAGAGGGGCCGACGGGGACCCCGAGGAGGACUCGGUCAAGUGCGCCGACGGCGGGGAGCCCCCCUCCCCGGGAGGGAGCGAGGAGGAGAGAGAAACCAAGCCGCCGGCCAGCCCAGGGCUGGAGCAGGUGGGGUUCGAACUGGUGGAGAAGCUGUUCCAGGGCCAGCUGGUGCUGAGGACCCGCUGCCUGGAGUGCGAGUGUCUGACGGAGCGCAGGGAAGACUUCCAGGAUAUCAGCGUGCCCGUCCAAGAGGAGGAGGAGCUCGGCAAGGCCCAGGAGAGCUCGGAAAUCUCCCCGGAGCCCAAAACCGAGACGAAGACCUUGAAGUGGGCCAUCUCGCAGUUCGCCUCGGUGGAGAGGAUCGUGGGGGAGGACAAGUACUUCUGUGAGAACUGCCAUCAUUACACCGAAGCCGAACGGAGCCUCCUGUUUGACAAGAUGCCCGAGGUCAUAACGAUCCACUUGAAGUGUUUCGCCGCCAGCGGCUUGGAGUUCGACUGUUACGGGGGCGGGCUGUCCAAGAUCAACACCCCGUUACUGACGCCCCUGCGGCUGUCCCUGGGGGAGUGGAGCACCAAGCCGACCAACGACAGCUACGGACUCUUCGCGGUGGUGAUGCACAGCGGCAUCACCAUCAGCAGCGGCCACUACACGGCCUCGGUCAAGGUCACCGACCUCGACAGCCUAGAGCUGGACACGGGCAACUUCGUCCCCGACCGGACGUACGAGGCGAGCAAGCCGGAGCCCCUCGACGAGGAGGAGGCCAGGGCGGCCGUGGCGGAGGAGUACGACGACGGCGAGGUGUCCUUCCGCGUGGGCGGCGCCCCGGCCGCCAAGGCGUUGAGCAAAAAGAGCAUGGAGGCGGUGGGGCUCCUCGGGGGACAGAAGAGCAAACCGGACCCCGAGCUCUACGGCGGCAAGGCGGCCAACGCCGACAGGCUCGGCGGCGGCGCCUUCUCCGACAGCAGGGACGCCGAGGCCGGCCCCGGCCGCCCGGAGGCGGACGGGGGGCGGGAGGGCCGCCGGGCGGAGGCCGACGGCGCCGGGGGGUUCGAGGACCGAGUCUCCCGCGUGGUGCGGAGCCUCAGAGAGUACGAGGGGAAGUGGUUGCUCUUCGACGAUUCGGAAGUGAAGGUGACGGAAGAGAAGGACUUUCUGAAUUCGCUGUCCCCCGCCACGGCCUCCACUUCCACCCCUUACCUGCUGUUUUAUAAGAAGAUUGUAGAGGCCCGCGCACCGUCCUCUCCCCCUCCUCCCCCGACCUCUUGGUGUUGGGCUGGGGCUUCUAUCUACCCGCAGCCUCGGCAGGGACGACGACUCCGGAGGCCGAAAAUCCGCAGCCCUGCGGGUCCGAUAAGACGCCGAAGAGAGCAGUCCGGAUGCCAGCCGCGUCUCUAGAGCCAGGUAUAUUUUUCCGAGUACUUGGAAGAGCUUAGAGGAGGUGUGACCUGCACACCUUGACGUUUUUACAGCUCUACAGUUGGCCAUACCAGGCAAUCAUAAUAAUGGCGGUAUUUGUUAAGCGCUUACUACGUGCGAGGCGCUGUUCUAAGCGCUGGGGGCAAGACCUAGGCCCUAAAAUCUGGUACUUGGAGUCUCUCCACUUCACUGAAGGACCGCGGUUUCUCGAGAAGCGUGGCCCGGGCAAGGAGUGUUCCCUUCCACCAGACGGCCGGGCCGGGAACAGAAGCGUAAUGGCACCACGGGAGAAAAACGGCCGUGGCCCACUUGUACGAGGUGAGGUGGCGCUACUAGAAAUGUUGGCCAGGAAGGAAGCGAGAAUUGCUUUCCCCGUAAAUUUCUUACCACCACCACCACCAACUCUCCCUGUUUCUUUAAGCGCUCACCGUGUGCCAGGCG